AUGUCUUACAUGCUUCCACAUCUUCAUAAUGGUUGGCAGGUAGAUCAAGCAAUCCUAACCGAAGAAGACAGAGUGGUUGUGAUUCGCUUUGGACACGACUGGGAUCCGAAUUGCAUGAAGUUCGACGAAAUUCUUUUUAGUAUAGCAGAUAAAGUUAAAAAUUUCGCAGUGAUAUACGUCGUGGACAUAACAGAAGUUCCUGAUUUUAACAAGAUGUACGAAUUGUAUGAUCCUUGCACUAUCAUGUUCUUUUAUAGAAACAAACAUAUUAUGAUUGAUUUGGGAACGGGAAACAACAAUAAGAUCAACUGGCCUUUGGAAGACAAACAAGAAAUGAUUGACAUUGUGGAAACGGUAUACCGCGGAGCAAGGAAAGGAAGAGGUCUUGUUGUGUCGCCUAAAGACUACUCAACCAAAUACAGAUACUAG